AACUGCUGGAAAAAAAUGAAGCAACUGCACCACAUCAGAGAGCCAAUCAAGAUGGGUCCCAAUGUCCAACAAAAAGCAUAUGAAGGAACAAGCAGACAGACAGGAGUGAAGACGACGCCAAAGGCUGUUUGCGAUAUCGCCAUUGGAGAGAGCCUUCAAGAUGGCGACUGGGAGACUGCUGCCAGGACCACUGACUUCUAUCACCUCCUGAGGAAGGACUGGGACAACGUAGGGCUAAACACUAAACCAGCCACAACAAUGGAAGAAGAAAACCUGAAGAACAAUUUGGUCCAGUCAAGAGGUGAAAAGAAGUAUCAAGGGCAUGAUUUUGAGGACUUUCAUCGUCGACCAGAGCGUCUGAUCCUGCUCUUCUACCUGGUCUUCUACCUGUUCUUGGCUGGGAUGUUUGCUCUCACCAUGUACAUCAUGCUGCUGACGCUGGACGACUACAAACCCACCUGGCAGGACCGCCUGACCACCCCAGGGAUGAUGAUUCGUCCCAAGGGGGAUCAACUGGAGAUCACUUUCUCCCCGUCAGACGUGCAAAGCUGGAAUGGCUUUGUGCAAAAUCUGGAUGGGUUUUUGUCUCCGUACAAUGACAGCCAGCAGGUUCAGAUGAACGACAACUGCCUUCCAGAUAAAUACUUCAUCCAAGAGGAUAGCGGAGAGGUGAAGAACAAUCCAAAGCGUUCCUGUCAGUUUAAUAGAACAAUGUUGGAGGACUGUUCUGGGAAGACUGAUCGUUUGUAUGGUUACAGCCAAGGUCAGCCCUGUGUGCUCAUUAAGCUUAACCGGGUGAUCGGAAUGUUUCCAGGAAAGGAUGGACAAUCUCCCUUUGUCACCUGUGGAGCCAAAAUGGAGGACAGCGAUAAGAUCGGACCUCUGGCUUAUUUUCCUUCAAAUGGAUCCUUCAACCUCAUGUACUACCCUUAUUAUGGCAAAAAAGCUCAGGUGAACUACACUCAGCCGCUGGUCGCUGUCAAAUUCCUGAACGCCUCUCUCAACACCGACAUCAAUGUCGAGUGUAAAGUCAACUCCAACACCCUCGCCGCUGGCAGCGAGAGGGACAAAUUUGCUGGCCGCGUGUCCUUCAAACUACGAAUCAACAAUUAGAGAAGCAACGUGACCAUGACGCCGAUCACGGCAACUCUGUUCGUCUCUGCAACUCAUCUUUGUCGCUGUUCUUCAUCUUUGAUUGUGCUUGUUUGCAAAAAAAAAAAAACUAACAUUUUUUUCUAUACAAGCUGACCAAUCAAAAUCCCUCACAGUUUAAUGCCACACACCCAGCAGCCAAUGCAAUCAAGCACUUAAUUUGUUGAUUUGUAUAUUUAUUUAUUCAUGUAUUUAUUGUUUGAUUCGAUGUAUCACACUGAGUCAAUCAUUGUAGACUGCACAGUCGUUGUUUACAUAUCCUGGAAGCUCAGCCAACUGUUGCAUUAUUUAGUACACAAAUCCAUGGUCUUGUGUUUGAACAUUAAAAAAAAAAGAAAUCUGGAUAUGUUUCAAUAUAAUGAUGGAAGCAGCUACAACCACUCAGGUGUCACAACAGUACUUUUUAUUGUUUCCUUUUGUUACAUGUAUUGUGUUGUCGUUGCAGCAGUCUUUUCAUACAAUAAUUGAGCAGUAUUGUAGUUACUUAAUUAAUGAAGAAUUGGCUCAGCCUGUUGAUUUGAGUGUUCUUGCCCAUGUGACACACACAUACACACACACACACACACACACACACACACACACACACACACACACACACACACACACACACACACACACACACACACACACACACACACACACACACACACACACACACACACACAACUCACCUUUGUUAAUGUACAGCCAAUCAGAUGUAUGAUGUCAUGUGGCUUGAUUUCUCCCUGCUAUUAUUCCCACACGACCAUGUGAUUAAAAACACAAAUGACUUUAUCA